AUGAGCCACGAUGCCCGCAUUCCCCAGAUUCUGGAGCCUUCGGUCUCACCGGCGCCCUCCAGGCCAAGCACUCCUCUCCCCCGUCGGGCGCAACACCACUCGCCUCGAAUGCAGUACCGAAGUCGCCCCGUGUCGGUCGCGGUAGAUCCAGUGUCCCUCGUCAUAGCCGAAUGCAUAGCAAUCACCUCUGCGAUCCAGAAACAUGCCAGAUCUCCUCAUUCCUCUGUGGCGGCCAUUCUGGGCGGCGGCCCCAGUCCGGUGCAACUGGGGUCCUCGAACUCAGUGUCUCUGGGAAAGUCAAGGGGCAAGAAUUCGGCCGCAAAUAUCAUGGGUGACGGUACAGCCGAUCUGGUGCGCUGGGGCCUUCGUGGAAAGAAGGGCAAGAGCAUGCAGGACAAUCCGUUGAUAUCUGGCUUUGGGAGGUUGCGGCAUGAGUUGACUGGCGUUAGGGACAUACACAACUUUGACGCAUUAACGAUGCUCUACCCGUUCCUGCAGAUCAUCCAGACAAAAGGAACCGCUGCUCCGGUCACGAUUCUUGCUCUGAGAGCCAUACGGAAGUUCCUCGCGUACGGCUUCAUCUCCCCCGAAUCUCCUCGCUUCGCUGUCGCGAUGCAGUCUUUAUCGGCCGCUAUCACGCACUGUCAAUUCGAUAUAAGUGACGCGCCACAGGAAGAGGUGGUGUUGUUGAUGAUUCUGCACCUGAUGGAGGACAUGCUGUCAGGACCAGGCGGCGAUAUACUCAGCGACGAGAGCGUGUGUGACAUGAUGGGUCGCGGCCUCACUAUUUGCUCACGGCCAAGAUUCUCAGAGGUCUUAAGACAGACAGCAGAGGCCUCGAUGGUACGGAUGUGCCAGAUCAUAUUCGAGGAUCUGAAACACCUUGAAGAAGAGGCUGGGGAAGAGAUAGACGCACUAGACAAGAAGACGAACGGCGAUAUGGACACAGUGAGCAUGGACCCAUCCGCGAACGGCACCGACAUUCCAGCAACAGUUGCACCUACUCCCACACCAGAAUCAAACCGUGCAGAGCCACGGUCUUCUGAGUCCGGAAGCGCUCCUUCGACGGGCACAGCGGAAGCGGACCAGGCGACGUUAGCAUCCGAAGCUGGAACAGCAGACUCACUUGACUUGCGACCUUACUCUUUGCCAUCAGUUCGUGAGUUGUUCAGAGUUCUCGUCAACUUCCUGGACCCGCACGACCGCAGGCAUCCUGACACAAUGCGUGUAAUGGCGCUCCGAAUAAUACACGUUGCCCUUGAGGUUGCCGGCCCCUCCAUUGCGAAACAUCCAGCUCUUGCUACCAUCGCCGAGGACCGCCUAUGUUGCUACUUAUUCCAGUUGGUGCGCUCCGACAACAUGCUGAUCUUGCAGGAGUCCCUCCUGGUUGCUGGGACGCUACUGUCAACAUGUAGGGGAGUCUUAAAGCUACAGCAGGAGAAAUUCCUAUCCUAUCUGGUGGCCUGCCUCCAUCUGUCCUUUGAGAUCCCACGCGAAGCUGGUAUCGAUCCAUCGCUGUACGCUGGCAUCCCUCAAGCCCCCAAACUGGUCAAACCCCCGCCGUCGCAAACUAGUAGUGGUCGUUCUACUCCAGUACCGAUCAAGGACCGGCAGAAACUUGGACUGGAGGGUGGUGCACGAAAGCCAGAUGCAAGGCAAGCCAUGGUGGAAAACAUCUGCGUGCUUGCCAGGGUACCUACCUUCAUGGUAGAGUUAUUCGUCAAUUACGACUGCGAUCCAAACUCGGCAGACUUGUGCGAAGACAUGAUUGGAAUGCUGUCACGCAACGCCCUACCAGAUUCUGCCACCUGGAGCACUACCAGUGUCCCGCCAUUGUGCCUGGAUGCACUACUGAGAUUCAUUUCCUUCAUUGCGGAGAGACUUGAUCAACCACCGAGAACGGCCGGCUUCAUGGACGCAGCGGAUCUCAGAGAAUCACGGCGGAAAAAGAAACUCAUCAUCAAAGGCACAAGCAAAUUCAACGAAAGCCCUCGGGGAGGUCUAGCGUUUCUGGCAGACAAGGGCAUCAUCGAGUCUGCGACUGAUCCGGAGGCCGUUGCACGGUUUUUGAGAUCGACGACUCUCGUGGCGAAGAAGGUUCUGGGAGAGUAUCUUUCUAAGAGAGGGAAUGAGGCAAUCCUCGAUGCCUUCAUCAACUCUUUCGACUUCGAAAAUAAGCGUGUCGACGAAGCCUUGAGGUCCAUGCUCGAAUCGUUCCGGUUACCAGGCGAAGCUCCACUGAUUGAGAGGAUAGUGACCUCUUUCGCAGAGAAGUACUGUGCCAAUUCGAUACCUGAAGACGUAGCAGAUAAGGACGCUGUCUAUGUUCUCACUUAUGCCAUCAUCAUGCUCAACACCGAUCAACACAAUCCUAAUCUCAAAUCUGCGAAUCGCAUGACGGUUGAGGACUUUGCUCGAAACCUACGUGGUGUGAAUGGAGGGAAGAACUUCGCCAUUGAAUACUUGCAAGCGAUAUUCGACGCCAUCAAAACGAACGAGAUCGUUUUGCCCGAUGAACACGAUAACAAGCAUGCGUUCGACUACGCAUGGAGGGAGCUGCUUCUGAAGACAGAGGCCGCAGGUCCUCUUGUAAUCUGUGAUACUAACAUUUACGAUGCGGACAUGUUUGCUGCAACGUGGAAGCCAAUCGUUUCAACUCUGUCUUACGUCUUCAUGUCUGCUACCGACGACACAGUCUUCGCAAGGGUUGUCUCAGGCUUUGAUGAAUGCGCCCGCAUCGCUUCCAAGUACAACAUCACAGAGGCCUUGGAUCAGAUUAUUUACUCGUUGAGUCUUAUGACGACCCUGACACAGGAAACAACCUCAAAUACAAGCUUGAACACAGAAGUCCAGGUCGAUGAGAAAAAGGUUAUGGUUAGCGAACUCGCUGUCAAAAUAGGACGCGACUUCAGGACUCAGCUCGCAUUGCUUGUCCUCUUCCGCGUUGUCACGUCUAAGGAGCAUAUCAUCCGGAAAGGCUGGAAAGAUAUCAUCCGGAUCUGGCUGAAUCUCUUCGCAAACUCACUUGUCGGCUUCCCUAGUGAUCGUAGUCGCCUAGCGGUGUCGCCGAUCCCAUUGCGAAGUCCAUCACAAGUAAUAGAUCGUGCCGCCAAGCAGAAUGACACGGGUCUGCUGCAAGCUUUCUCAAAUUUCCUCCAAAGCUACGCAGCUGAUGAUCCGCCUGAACCGUCUGAAGAGGAACUGGACAGCACACUCAGCACCGUUGAAUGCAUUAAUCAGUGUCAGAUGGAGGACAUCUUUGCACAUCUCUCUCUCGAGGCCUUGGUCGAUGCACUACUGGACCAAAUCCCGGAAGACAGUGGGUCUGGAGUGGUCAUCACCGUAAAAGCCGACAACGUCCCUCCGAACUCUCCUGCUUUGGCCCAGAAACCCCGGAACAACGUGCUGUACGAUCCUUCGCUCGUCUAUAUCCUGGAAUUGAGCACGAUACUCGCUCUGCGGGAUGACCACACAGUCCAACUACUCGGCAAGCGCGUGGUCGACGCUCUACAGGCCAUAUUACGUGAUAUCAGCAGUUACCACCCCAUAACCGUCUCAAGGACGACUUUCUACUCCUUCAGACUACUUCAGGCCAGUUAUGAGUACGACUUCAUCCGCGCCCCAGUACUACUCCACACUGUAUCGAGCUUCUCCCCAGACAACCUUAAGAAGACUUCCAAAUUGGUUCUUCAAGGCCUUAAGCUCUGUGUUGAUGAGCAGGGCCCACUACGAAACGAGACCAUGACCUCACCUGACUUCUGGGCCAUCCUGCGCAAUUUGGCAGCCGAGAAGACGUCCGCACCUACGGUAUUCGAGAUACUGGAGACCGGAGUCAGUCCUUCAUCAACAGCCAUCAUGGCGGACAACUACGAAGCCGCUAUCGGUCUGCUCAACGAUUUUGCAUCCGCUGCGAGUGCCACCGUGCCCAAAGAACCCAAGGUGGACCCCCGGAGACCUUCACGGAAACCAGCUCGUCCUUCCUCUGCGAAACCCGAGGCUCCGAGUGAGAAUCCGGCCGUGCAGCGCGGCAUCAAAGCUGUCAAUAUCAUCUACAGCAUGACGUCUCGUAUUCCGCAGCUCAUGAAGCAGUCCCACCUGGAGAACAACGAGGCAUGGUCCGCUUAUUGGCUGCCUAUCUUUGAGGCGCUGACUACACAGUGCACCAAUCCGCGUCGAGAGAUCCGCCAACUGGCGUUCAAUUCUCUUCAGAGGGCGUUGUUCUCGCCGGAGCUGACGUCGAGUGACCACCGAGAGUGGACCGCGAUCUUCGGUGAGGUCUUGUUUCCGUUGAUCUUGCGGCUGCUUAAGCCCGAGGUCUUCUCAUCGGACCGCGACGGUAUGAGCGAAACCAGAGUGCAAGCAGCUUCUUUGCUGUGCAAGGUCUUCCUGCAGUACCUAGUCCUCCUUUCCGAGUGGGACGGGAUGCUGGAUCUUUGGCUCAAGAUCAUCGACAUCAUGGACCGUCUCAUGAACAGCGGCCAAGGAGACAGUCUUGAGGAAGCUGUUCCCGAGAACCUGAAGAACGUUCUCUUAUUCAUGUCGAGCAACGGGUAUCUUGUGUCGCCAAGCCAAGACCCAUCGAAAGAGAAACUAUGGUCUGAGUCCUGGAAGAGAAUAGACCGAUUCCUACCGGAUUUGAAGAAAGAACUCGCUCUGGAGGAGCAUGACCAACCACACAAUCAAAAUUCAGUUGAUCCUCCUGCGGCAGUUGGAAAGGCGGAAGAUGAAAAAGCGGACGUGGAAGCCGAGCGGGUAGACAAGGAGGCAUGA